CCAGCCCUGCACAGGGAUGGGCAGCUCGCUCUGAAAGUUCGUGACCGCCGCAGCCAACUAACUCUGAGCGCCGGGACGCGCAGGUCAGGCAGCAGCAGAACUCGGAAAGCUGUACCCUGUCCCAGUGCCCUUUCUCGGUCACAAGCGUCCACCCUCCAGGCCCGGUGCCCCAGCGCCUGAUCGGGGUUCAUGGAGCCUGGGCUGUUGCUCCUUCUGGGGCUCACAGUGACCUCCGCUGCAGGAUUUGCGCCUUGCCCCAACCCCAGGGACUCUGGAAGAGCCAGUGUGUCCCAGGGGCCCCCUGAAGCUGGAUCGGAGGGGGACUGUAAAGAGACUGUGGCUGGCCCUGAGGAGAGGACUGUGGCCCCAACAACUGCCCCACCUGCCCCACCUGGAGGUGCUGGGCAGGACCGGGGACCAGGCAGGCCUGGGGAGCAGACGGGCGAGGGGGUCCCCGCACGCCACCGUCCUCGGCGCUGCACGUGCUUCACUUACAAGGACAAGGAGUGCGUGUACUACUGUCACCUGGACAUCAUCUGGAUCAACACCCCUGAACAGACUGUGCCCUAUGGACUGUCCAACUAUAGAGGAAGCCUCCGGGGAAAGAGGUCCUCUGGACCAUUUCCGGAAAGCUCCCAGCCUUCUCCACGGACCCAUUUGCGCUGUGCUUGUGUGGAGACAGACGACAAGGCCUGUGCACACUUCUGCACACACACUACAGAUGUCUCCAGUGAUUCCAGGAGAGCAGAAAGACCAGCUGAAGAGGAGAAGAGAGAGACAGGAGGUCCACGUCAAAGAAAUAGGUUGAAGUCGAGAACAGAUAAAGGCCUCCAGCCUUAAUGAGCCCUAGCAGGCCACAACCGAUGCUUCUUGCUUCCUGCAGCAGACUUCAUCCUUGCCCUCCCUGCCUGCCAAAGGCCUUUCAGGAAAGAGGCAUGGUGCUUACACAGUUUAACUUUCCACCUCUUUAGGGACGGGGGGAGAGUUGGCCUGAGGCAAAAAAAAAAAAAAAAA